GCAGGAGCAGCCCCGGCUGCGGGUCGCGACGGCGGCGGGGCGCCCCCUCCCCCGUGCCGGGGCGCGGCGAAGGGAUGUGGGGCUUUGCGGGAGGAAGGCUUUUCGGCAUCUUCUCGGCCCCGGUGCUGGUGGCGGUGGUGUGCUGUGCACAGAGCGUGAACGAUCCCGGGAACAUGUCCUUUGUGAAGGAGACGGUGGACAAGCUGUUGAAAGGCUACGACAUUCGCCUAAGACCCGACUUCGGAGGUCCUCCGGUCUGCGUGGGGAUGAACAUCGACAUCGCCAGCAUCGACAUGGUUUCCGAAGUCAACAUGGACUACACCUUAACCAUGUAUUUCCAACAAUAUUGGAGAGACAAGAGGCUCGCCUAUUCGGGGAUCCCUCUCAACCUCACACUGGACAAUCGAGUGGCUGACCAGCUCUGGGUGCCUGACACGUAUUUUUUAAAUGACAAAAAGUCGUUCGUGCAUGGGGUGACAGUGAAGAACCGCAUGAUCCGCCUGCACCCCGACGGGACUGUGCUAUAUGGGCUCAGAAUCACGACGACAGCAGCAUGCAUGAUGGACCUAAGGAGGUACCCACUGGAUGAGCAGAACUGUACUCUGGAAAUCGAAAGCUACGGCUACACCACAGAUGACAUUGAGUUUUACUGGAGAGGCGGGGACAAGGCCGUCACUGGAGUGGAAAGGAUCGAACUCCCACAGUUCUCCAUCGUGGAGCACCGCCUGGUCUCAAGGAACGUUGUCUUUGCCACAGGUGCCUAUCCUCGACUUUCACUGAGCUUUCGGUUAAAAAGAAACAUUGGAUACUUCAUCCUUCAGACUUACAUGCCCUCUAUACUGAUUACGAUUCUAUCCUGGGUGUCCUUCUGGAUCAAUUAUGAUGCAUCUGCUGCUAGAGUUGCCCUCGGGAUCACAACUGUGCUGACAAUGACGACCAUCAACACGCACCUUCGGGAGACGUUGCCCAAAAUCCCCUACGUCAAAGCCAUUGACAUGUACCUCAUGGGCUGCUUCGUCUUUGUGUUCCUGGCCCUUCUGGAGUAUGCCUUUGUCAACUACAUUUUCUUUGGACGAGGCCCUCAGAGGCAGAAGAAGCUUGCAGAAAAGACAGCCAAGGCAAAGAAUGACCGUUCAAAGAGUGAAAGCAACCGGGUGGAUGCUCAUGGAAAUAUUCUGUUAACAUCACUGGAGGUUCACAAUGAAAUGAAUGAGGUUGCAGGCGGUGUUGGUGAUACCAGGAAUUCAGCAAUAUCCUUUGACAACUCAGGAAUCCAGUACAGGAAACAAAGCAUGCCUCGGGAAGGCCUUGGGCGACACAUGGGGGACAGAAGCAUCCCGCACAAGAAGACCCAUCUACGGAGGAGGUCUUCGCAGCUCAAAAUAAAAAUCCCUGAUCUAACCGAUGUGAAUGCCAUAGACAGAUGGUCCAGGAUCGUGUUUCCAUUCACUUUUUCUCUUUUCAACUUAGUUUACUGGCUGUACUAUGUUAACUGAGUGACUGUACUUGAUUUUUCAAAGACUCCAUUUAACACUGAGUGAAAUAUUACUCUGCCUGUCAAGUUUUUAUACCUGUACACACACAGACACACACGGAGACACACACAUAUAUGCAUACGCAAUUGUAUAUAUAUGUGAACUUUCUCAGCAUAUAUAUAUAAAAUACACGUGUAUAUGAGGAUGUAUAUGUAUAUGUUUAUACACACAGGUGUAAACGCCCAUGUGUAUGUAAAACAAGUACACAUACAUAUAUACAUUUUGCAGCUAUGGACAAUUUAACACAGAAUGCAUAUUAAAGAAAGUCAUAGUUUUUUUUUUCUUUUUUAAUUGAAAGGGACAAGUAUCAUCUAAUAUUAUGCCUUGAGAAUGAGGGUGUGAAACACAGUAUCAUCCCAAAAUGUGUCUUUUCUUAUAAAUUAGGUGUUUUAGUUUACAAUUCAGAAAGAAAUUCUUAGUUACUCUUCAAAAUCUCAUACAGUGGUAUUGCUAGUUUGAAAUGAGUCACACACUUCAUAUCCUCUCUUUCAGUUUACUAAGUGGAGACUUUUUGGCUUUUUUGGUGAAGGGGUAUUUUUCAUCAGGCAUACUUUUCCUGUGACCGCUCAUUGGCUGAGGUGAGUUGCUGGCAGUGAGCUCACCUGUUGUCUGGAACAUAGGUAGAUCCCAUGGUGAUGUCUGAACAUUCAUCUUUGAGAACCCAUCGGGAGUGAAUGGCAUCUCAUUGUAAGUACGCUAAUGUACAGUGUGUUUGUGUGCUUACUUGGAGUAGAUUCAGUUUACCAGUCAUAUGGGAAAACAGUAGCACAUUUUGGCAAAGUUUAGUUGACAUUUCAGUCACAGGAAAUGUGCUGUCCAUCUCAUAUGGAUUUUUAGGCCUGAUAUCUGAUGGAAAGCAUUGGCGUCUCAGGUUAUUUGUUACUCUAAGGGAAAAACAUCUAGGAUGACUUCGCCCUUGCAUUUACAUUAUCAAACAUUCUUACUACAUCUUAUGUUACUAUAAAUAUAUUUGCACAAUAUGCAUAUAUAUGUAUAUUUACCAAGAUUUUGUUUCUUAUGCUUGCUCUCACGGCAGCAUGCAAUGUCAUAGUUUUCUUUAUGUGACGGAAUUAUUUUCUGUUAUCUAGAGUUAAGAUUGAAGCUAAGACACUUCUACUAUCCAAUUUUCAAAACCAAGAGACAUCCUCAUGCCUUUAUUUCUGUAUCUGAAACAUGCCAUAAGCACUUCCAACUCUGCCUAGACUCACUAGGACGCUGCAGGAACAUGAACAAUACACACCAUGCAUCACCCCGCGACCCAUGACCGUGCUCUGGAGGCAAAGGAGAGCCACUGACAACAGUCACGGUCAUGUUUGAUUCCUUCUGAUCCACAGCCUCAUCAGUAUUUGGACUUUUUAAAGCUCGUAGAAACAAGACAAGGUGCACUGGUUUCAUAGACGCAACCUUAACUUACUAUUUAGAUGAGAUCUUUCUAAAGAAAAAAAA